UUUUACUUCUAUGGGAAGUGCACUCGUCUUGGAGCUCCGCUGGAUAGUCCCAUGGCGGUGCGGCUUUUGCUCGUAGUAGUAAAGCUAACAAUUUCUUCUUAAAAUACAAACACAAAUAAGGCCAUCCAAUACACAUAAUUGGAAAUUACUGGGAGCAAAAGCUGGGAAGUGGUGAAAAGAAGAAAAGGAAAAGCAGAAAAGAGAAAAGGAAUCCGUUCCAGUUCCAUCAGAGAGAGAGAGAGAGAGAGAUUCUCAAAUCUGAUACUCAUACUGUAAAAUAGAUGUCAAGGCAUUCGAAGAUGUAUUCAAGGCGAUCAAAUGACUGAAGAAGUUAUUUGGGUGAGUGCGUAGGUUAUCGGCUCUUUCAACUCUUCCGGCCGCCGAAAUAAGACAAAAAUGGCAGCUGAGCUUGUCAAUUCUGCAACCAGUGAAAAGCUAACUGAAAUGGAUUGGACAAAAAACAUUGAAAUUUGUGAAUUGGUAUCACAUGAUCAAAGGCAAGCUAGGGAUAUUAUCAAGGCUAUUAAAAAGCGAUUGGGUAGUAAACACUCAAGUACUCAGUUAUAUACAGUUAUGCUGUUGGAGAUGUUGAUGAAUAAUAUAGGAGACCAUGUCCAUAGGCAUGUGAUUGAUUUAGGUCUCCUCCCUAUACUUGUGAAAAUAGUAAAGAAGAAGUCAGAUUCACCUGUAAGAGAGAAGAUAUUUCUUCUUCUUGAUGCCACACAGACUUCUCUUGGUGGAGUGUCCGGAAAGUUCCCACAAUAUUAUAACGCAUAUUAUGACCUAGUGACUUCAGGAGUACAGUUUCCUCGAAGGCCUCAUGUUACUCCUCCAAAUUUUCCGACUUCAAAUGUGAAUGUGAAUGGUUCCAUUGAUAAGGAAGUUGCACCUCCUAGACAACAGAGACCUCCAGCGAAGGCAGAACCUCAGAAUGUUCCUGAAUCUAGUAUUAUUCAGAAGGCUGGCUCUGCCAUGGAGGUGUUGAGAGAAGUCCUUGAUGCUGUCAACACCCAACAUCCGGAGGGAGCAACAGAUGAGUUCACACUUGAUCUUGUUGAACAAUGUUCAUUCCAAAAGCAAAGAGUAAUGCAUCUUGCAAUGACUUCUCGUGAUGAGGCGGUGGUUUCUCGAGCAAUUGAAUUGAAUGAGCAACUGCAAAAAGUACUUGCAAGGCAUGAUAUGCUUGUUUCACGUAGGCCAACAUCUUCAAAUCACUUUGUCCAGGAGGAAGAAGAGGAAGAGGAAGCGGAACAGCUUUCCCAAAGGAUAAGGAAAGGGAAAGCAUGUGUACGGCCUGAAGAUGAAGAGCGCCAAAAAGAGAGGCCGUGGGAUUUGUUUGGAUCUCUGAGUCCACGAGAAAAGCUGCACCGGCCUCUUAUACGGCCCUUGAGUGUGGAGCCAUCUCAAGAAUCAAACAAGAUUUGUCCAGCUUCAGCGCUUCCACCUCCACCUGCAAAACAUGUUGAGAGACAGAAAUUCUUCCAGGAGAAAAGAAUGGAUGGUCCUAAUUUGGCCGGUCAUUUUAGGGGCCUGUCACUAGAUGGCUGUUCUGGUCACUCUGGCCAUGCUAGGGGACUCUCACUGGACGGUUCUGGCCCGCGCCAUUCCUCGUUGCAAGGUGGCAUUGGCAGCGGAUCUUACGGUGGAAGCAUAGACAGUGAUUGACUGCACCUCAUUCACCUCUUCAUUUGUUAAUUGAGGAUUCGGUUCCAAUGCGCUUGGCAAAUAUUGUUUUCUUGUCGAAGUGGAAUCGACUUGUGGGUUUGGAUUGGCAGUACUUUGGAGGGGAGAUAUAUAUGGCUGCUCAAUCUGCAACUGUUUCUAUAUUUAUAAGGGACCACUAUAUAUCCUGGGAGUAGUCUGUUUGGGGUAUCUAGAUCGUGUUAAAAGGCGGAGGAAUUUGUUUUUUUGGGUUCAUUCUUAACUGUAAUCUUGUACUACUAGAGCGUUGUUAGGACAAGAAUUAUGACGUAAAAGAAUGGGUGCUUUCAAGGUUUGCAGAUCUGCAAUUGUGCUUUGGUCAUUUUGUGACCUCAUUUCCGAAAUCAAGUUGUAGUAGUAGUGGUAGUUCUUCAUUUAUUUAUACUAGUAUAACAAAAGCUAAAACCAGCAAUUCUUCUGUUUUGGUCUUUCAUCCAUCUAUUUAUUGCCUUCCACUGGCCCGGGAUCCUUUGUCUUUGCA